AUGUGGAGACUCCAAUUUUUCUUAUCAAUUUUACCUCUUAUCAACACAGCUAUUUGUCCUGCCUGUCCAACUGGUGGAAUAUGGUCCGAGUGGACGGCAGUUGGGACGUGUGCAACCACUUGUGGGGCUUGCUCAACUCAGAAUUACACUAGAACCUGCUUAUCGGACGCGUUGAAGGAUUGUAAGUGUAGCGGUCCCACUACCACUACCCAACUCUGUGGGACUCAAGCUUGCAACUACCCGAGAGUCAAUGGUCCUAAACCUCCGUGUUGUACUGGCACCCCAACGGUUAUCAAUAAUUGGUACCAUUGUGUCAAUUCGUCUACUUCACAAACUAGAGGUUCUACAUUCUGCUGUCCUACUGGUGGAAUUUGGGGAGAUUGGUCGGCAUGGGCGAAGAAGGAUGAGAAAAGUGUGGAGUUCACUCGUACCCGUUCAUGUCUCACUGGUGGAUUGAAUUGUGUAUGUGAUGGGGAAAUUGAAGAGACCAAAUACGCCUGUCCUUGCGGUCCACUCAAAACGAUCACUCCCGAAAACAACCCAUGUGCCUCGAAGACCACCAAAACACCCUACGCUAUCAGAGACCCCGCCUACUUCCCAUCCACCUGUGAUGCCACUGUGAUGUUGGCAAAUUCAAACUUCCGCCAACCAUUCUACACUUUCAAUGAGGAAAAAAAGAAAUACACAUGCACGACUGGAUUUGUGAACCAGAGCGGGCAGUGUCAAAUCGGAGAGUUUCCCACUGGAGACACGGACACCAGUGGACAAUUCUGGAGAUUCACUUUUAAUUGUAACCUGGAGACAGGCGCAUGGGACAGAAAGUUUGAUGAGUAUGAUAUGAAAGGAAUCACUCACAUUGCACAGUUUUAUGCUAAAACUGAUUAA